AAAAAAUACACUAGUGAAUCGUUCUCUGACCUUUUACUCUGCAGGUGUGUCAUUUACAAGCAACAGCAAUGGAAACCUGGUCAGUUGAUCAAGUCUGCAGUUGGUUGGUGGAGAAAAACUUAGGAGACCUAAUUCCUAGGUUUCAAGAGGAAGAAGUAAGUGGAGCUGCUCUUCUAGCACUCAAUGAUCGGAUGGUUCAGCAACUGGUAAAGAAAAUUGGGCACCAGGCUGUUUUGAUGGAUUUAAUUAAAAAAUACAAGCAGAACAGUCAAAGACAGUCUUCUGGAAGCUCCAGAGAGACAGCCCUGCUCACCCGAACUGAGGCAGCCCGAGAGGAUGAACAGCCCUCUAGUCCAGCUAUCUGUGAAGAUCAGAUACCAUCUUUCCAUCCAGCUGAAAAUCAUGACAAUGGGCUAACUGACAAAAGAGUAUUGAAACGGAGAAGAAACGUGAAACACGUUCUAGCAAGGAAUAAAGCAUUACAAUGGACCAAGUCCUACGUUUUGCCAGAGUUUCCCUAUGAUGUGAAAUGCAUGUUAGCAGAGCAGAAGUGUCCCGAUCACAGCAUGAGGAUAAGGGUCAUUGAGUUUCUCCAGGCUGACAUGACGAAGUACCUGGAAGGCUCGCUGUAUCCUACUACCCAGCAGUACAAUGAUGUGAUCCAUGCUCUGCUGCAGGCCCACCCUUUCCUGGAUGAGGACGGCUGUGGCUUUUUUUUAUGGAAACGAGCCCUCAAAGAUCGCUUUAAAUAUGUUCGAAGACCCAUAGAAGAUGAUGAACAAGUUAUGAGAAAUAAGUGCAAAUUUGGACACCGAAGAGGCCAGACAAGGAAACCUCCUGUUGAUAAUAGACUUGAUGAAGUUAAAAUUCUCCAGAUAAAAGAAGAAUCUGUUUGUUUAGAUUCUGAGGUAGAUGAACAUAUUAACUGGUUCCAGCAAGAGUAUGUGAAAACAGAAAAGGACUGGAGAGAAAUUGACAAGAGGAUGAGCCAGACUUUGGAAAUAAGAAGAAAGUUGAUUGGCAGCAGAACGCCUCUGAAGGACAUUCUUAAAAUGUUUCCUUUCUUGAAGUGCCCUUACCAGAUGUUCAGAGAAUUCCAGCUUCUUACAAGAACAGAUAUUUAUAAGAAAACAAGGCAUAUUUUGGAAUCUUAUUCAGAAAAUAUACUGACUUCUCUUUCAGUGGUGGAUAAUCCAAUCAAUGUUGCAUUGCAAGAAAAACUGAGACAGUACACUGAUGAAGACAUGUUGAAAUACAUGAAGAUGACAGCCACAUGUCUACUCCUCCCAGAUGUUUUUGGGGAUGAUCCUAACCUUUUUGUUGUUGUGAAUGACAAGGUGCAAGUGGCCACACCUGUGUUGGAAGUUAAAAACCCCUUCAACAUCGACGUUUGCGAGUUUUCUUUAUAUUUGGACAAAGAGAAGCUCACCAAGGUGGAUGACUGUGUCACAGCUGUAGCUGCUCUAGUGGCUGCCUUUCAAGUGUUUGGGAUUGAGUACCCAAGAAGACUGUCCCAAACCCUCAAUUUCCUCCAGACCUUGAUCUUUGAUAUGCAGAGUCCCUAUUUUCCUUCUUUGAAAGAAAAGGAAAAGGAAGUAGGAUUUCAAGGCCCAGUCACUCAAUACUAG